GUCUUAUGAGGUCAAAGCCACCGCUACACUUCCUCAGAGUGGACGCGACGAGCUGCGCAAGUGAACAGUUCCCGGUGCUAGAAUUUGGAUGUGGACAAUGUGGUUGUUUUGUGCAAGAUCUUUGGCGUAGAUUGGAGGAUUAUUUUGCACGUUUUACGUUGUAUAAACGAGGACAUCGCUACAAUGGGCCAAUGUGCAAGGGUUACAGGAGAUAAACAGAUUGCUAAAACGAUGGAGGCGAAAUGUUAUAUCCAGAGCUGGACUCGGUAUGUGUUGAUUUGUAUUUUAUUUGCUUCAUGGAAAUCAGCAGAUGCAGUGACUCAUUAUUCAAUAGACGAGGAAAUGGAGGAAGGUUCAGUGGUCGCUAAUUUGGCUUCUGAUCUGGGCCUUGACGUUAAGAUGCUUUCGGAACGGAUGAUUCGACUCGAAAUCGUAGCGAACAGGAAAUAUCUGGACGUGAACAAAGAGACCGGGGACCUGUAUAUUGUCGAGACGAUUGACCGGGAAUAUCUUUGCACGUCAAAAACCUCAACGUGUUUCUUACGAUUGGAAGCCAUUGUAGAAAAUCCGAAACGUAUAUUCUUUAUUGAAGUAGAGAUAAUCGAUAUAAAUGAUAAUACCCCUCAUUUUAGGAGAGACGCUAAUGAAUUGGACAUUUCAGAGGCAACUCAGGCCGGAGAACGAUUCUCUGUCAACAAUGCAGUUGAUCCUGAUGUUGGUUCUAACUCCGUGAAAACAUAUCAUUUGAGCACUAGUGACCAUUUCGACAUCGAAAUUCAAACGGGAAGAGAUGGUGCAAAGUUUGCUGAUCUAAUUCUUCAAAAGGCUCUGGACCGUGAACAGCAGGCCGUUCAUAAUCUAAUUCUCACCGCUGUAGAUGGCGGGACACCGUCGCGCACCGGCACAGCGAGCAUUACGGUGCGGGUGUUAGACACUAAUGACAACGCCCCACAGUUUGACAAAGAGCACUAUACAAUUAAAAUAAUGGAAAACUCUCCAAUAGGAAGCCUCGUGCUUAAACCUAAUGCAACAGACUUAGAUGAUGGAUCUAAUGCAGAAAUAGAAUACAUGUAUAGUUUAUAUACUUCAGAAAUGACCCAAAACACAUUCAAUGUCAACCCUCGCACGGGAGAGAUAACAGUGAAAGGAGUACUGAACUACGAGGAUUUUAAGCUUUAUGACAUGGAAGUGAUAGCAACGGAUAAAGGUGUGCCGGCCUUAUCCGGGCAAUGCAAAGUAACGGUAGUCGUGGAGGACAUGAAUGACAACCAUCCUGGGAUUUCAAUCAAGUCCUUUCAAAGUCCCGUCAAGGAAAACAUAGAAGUAGACACUGUCAUAGCUGUGGUGAGCGUUAGUGAUAAAGACUCAGGGGAUAAUGGAGUCGUUGACAUCCGGAUUCCUGAAAAUAUGCCUUUCAAAUUAAGGGAAUCUUCUGGUAAUUAUUUUGAGCUUGUUGUUUCAGAACCUUUAGACCGAGAGAAGGUUCCAGAAUAUGACAUCACGUUCACAGUUACAGACAGAGGUUCUCCUCCACUAUCUGAUAAUGAAACCAUGACUUUAGAGCUACUGGAUGUUAAUGAUAAUGUCCCCCAGUUCCCUCAGUCUUUCUAUACUAUUCGUGUGAUGGAGAAUAAUGCUCCUGGAGCCUUGCUAGAUUCUCUCACUGCGUACGACCCAGACCUCCAUGAAAACCAGUAUCUAGUGUAUUUCAUCAUAGAGAGGGAGAUAGCAAACACCUCCAUGUCCAUGCUGUUCUCCAUUAGCCCAGAGAAUGGGAAACUAUAUGCUCUGAAGACGUUUGACCAUGAGAUUGAGAAGGAGUUUCUUUUCCACAUUGAGGCCAGAGACUCUGGUGUUCCUCCACUCAGCAGUAAUGUGACUGUCCACAUCAUUAUUGUAGACCAGAAUGACAACACUCCAGUCAUAGUGUCCCCAUGGCGCGCUCACGGCUCAGUGGUGGAGGAGAAGAUCCCCAGAUCCACCGACAAAGGCUCUCUGGUUUCCAAGGUGAUUGCUAUCGACGGCGACUCUGUGUUGAACUCAAGGAUUACCUACCAGUUUCUACAGGUGACGGACGCCACCUUGUUCACUCUGGACCAGUACAACGGAGAGAUCCGGACCAUGAGAAUGUUCAGUUACAGAGACCCCCGUCUCCAACGGCUUGUUGUGGUUGCCAAGGACAACGGAGAGCCCGCUCUCUCUGCUACCGUUACCAUCAAGCUGUCCACAGUGGAGACCGCGGUCAAGGCCUACUCGGACAUGACCGAAGUGCCCCUGGAGUACGACAUCUUUUCAGACUUGAAUCUGUAUCUGGUCAUCGGCCUGGGCUCGGUGUCCUUCCUCUUGUUGAUCACCAUAUUGGUCACCAUCGUUCUCAAGUGUCAGAAACCCAAGUCCAGCAAAGCUGCUCCUCCCUGCAGGAACAGUGUGGUCAGUGAGAGGAACUCUUUUGCAGAUUCCACUCUGGUGUCCAACGAUGCCUACUGGUACAGCAUGUUUCUAGCGGAGACCAGGAAAGGGAAGCUGGUGGUUAGACAGCCAGCGCCAAAGGGCUCCAGGUACAUAGUGUCCAGUUUACCACGGAGCACUGGCCUCACAGAGACGAGCGGCUCAGCACCCUCCACGCUGCAGGUGAGGACCGCGGCAAACAAUUCAUGUGUUCAUCUGGUGAUUGCUAAAUUUUUUUCUUUCUCUGUUUAAGAUUUAAUCCAUUUU